AUGCCUGCCGAAUAUUCUGUCUCUGGAAAAGUCGCCUUAAUCACCGGUGCCCUCGGUGCCAUCGGCACAGCCAUCGCCCAAAAGCUGCUCACCAACGGUGCCAAAGUGGUCUUUGCCGAUAUCCGCGAUGUCAACGAAGGCACUGAGCUUGUUGCAAAAUACAACAACAACGCAUGUUAUGUACACUGCGAUGUACGCAGCUCCGAGGACAUCGCCAACGCGCUUCGCCACGCCGUAGCAACGUUCGGCCGCCUCGACAUCCUAGUAAAUAACGCCGCUGUAUUCACUGUCGAGUCGCUCUACAGGACCGAGACGUUUGCUGCCAUCCAAAUGGGUAUUGACGUGAAUCUGCGCGGACCCAUCGAGUUCUCGCGCCAGUUCGUCCAGUACAUCUGGGAGGAUAAAGCCAACCGCUCUGGUGUGAUCAUCAAUAUGGCAUCCAUGUCUGGAUGCAUGCCAACGCGCGGCAUCGAAGUCUACGCGGCUACCAAAUCUGCACUCUUGAACUUCACUCACGCCUCCAAGUCCCUUGCCCCUGCCGUACGCGUUUCUGCUUUAGCGCCCUAUUAUGUCGACACUCCAGCGGUCAACCAAAGCAAGGGUCUGGCCAAAUCUGGAAUUAUCAAGCACCAACUGGUGGUGUCUACCGAGCAGGUCGCUGAGGCAACUGUCAGGACGAUUCAGGAUAAGAAAAGCGCAGGCAAGGCGUAUGUUUUGAUUGGGAACUGGGCUGUCAGAGCAAAUCUGUUCAUAUACGAGUUUUCUUUUAUCGCUAUCAUGGUCGUGGCGUUCUUUUCGCUUUUCGUCGCCAAGGUCAAGGGUAUUGGCCCGCCACCAGAGUUCGUCCAGAGUCAGGAUGCAUUAACCAGGGACGAAAAGAAGACAAAGUAA